GCAUGAUGACGUGUGCUCGUGUGCGGGAAUACAACAGCUACCCUCCACCGCAGGUGCACUUACUGCCGGCUAAAAGAAGCGCUCCGGCUCCUGAGGACACGAUCAGUGCCGUGUCUCAGCUGGGUCUCUCUGCGUCUCAGAGUCCAGAGGAGAGCAGUGAGGCGGGAGAGCCGGAGCCCACUAAAGUGCUGGAGAUCAUCUCGGGGUGUAACUGGGAGACCCAUCGCUCUCUGGUGCUCAAAGAACUCUUCCGCUGCAUCGGCACGGACCACCUCGCAUCGGUUUUCUACAUCGACAUCUAUAAAGUGGAGCUGCUCUCCAAAGAUCUGAAAAAAGACGUGUGCGGAUCCACGUUGAUUUACAAGGUCUGCGUGUCCCUCGGCCAGACACCAGAAAAGACUCGUGAGCGGAGGACGAAUGUGAAGAAACGAGACGAUGCGUCACAUCUGAGGAGCUCUUCCUCUCAGAAGGUCAACACACUGAAUGUUACUGAGAACCUGCACGUCACACAGACAGACGCACCUGAUGAGAAACAGGUGAAGCACUUUCCUCUUCUCUCUCGUGUCGUUCCCGCUGGUCUGCUGAAGGCUGACAAGAAGACGCAAGUGCGUUCUGGACCGAUAAAGGUCAAUGGAAAAACGUACGGUCAGGCUAAACUGAUCCUGGGCCGCAUGGGAGCGCUGCAUCCAGCCAAUCGUCUGGCGGCGUACGUCACUGGCAGAAUAAAACCACUGCCUCAAAACACGAGCCGAGCGCUUUCUAAAACACUCCAGGUCAGGACGCUCAAAGAGACGAGGGGUUCCAACUCCACUCCAGCGAUCGAGCCCUUCAAAACACACAGUGAGCCAAGCAAACCGGAGUAAAGAAGCAUUCAAAAAGCCCAUGACCCGAUCUCCGGUGAUGCCCUGGGCUCCUAAUGGCUUCAGAUGUACUUCGUCUCUCGCUGUUCCUAAUCCUGCAGCAUCAUAACCUAACCCUGGGCGUGGCUCAAAACAUGGUAGCUCCGCCCCUCUCCGGCGCUGAGACGGUUCUCCCGGCCUCUGCUCUUCCGCCGGGGCAGCAGGUGGUUCUGCAGCCGGUCGCAGGUAUGACGGGGGGUGAACAUGUGUCAGUUUAACGGCCAGAUGAUCCAGCUGGUGCCCAUCAGUGCAGCGUUACCUGUGCAGGUGCAGAGCAGCGCUGGCGGAACAGGAGGUGCUCAACAGGAGCCACAGUCAGCACAGAUGACCACAUCUAUGCCAGCAGCUCCACAGAAGGCUUCAUCUAAACCCCUUCCCUUCAUCGUACCCAGAAUCCACGCAGUGCAAGGAAACACCGGCUCUACCUUGGGAAGUGUUACAGCUCUGGGUCUACAGAACGGUUUACUUGGUAAAGCUGGCAUGUUUUCCUUCAGAAUAUGCCCUCCUUCUGCUGAGAGCAAGACUGCGGGUCCCGAACAGACAGGAAAAGCUCCCGAGUCAACUGGAACUGCUUCCACAUUGUUACUUCCUGGAGGAUAUAGGUUAAUAAAACUGCCCAUGUUCGUCAGUCCCAGCGUGAGCAGCCCGAGCGCUUCUCUACCUGAUGUAUGCACUGAGAAAUCAACCGAAAACACACAAGAGAACCCUGCUCAUGAAGACCCACUACACACCAGUCCUCAGUCUCUAUUAAAACAGAACCAGGUGAAGAUCACAGUGGUCUGCUCUCAGAAGACAGUACUCCAGUUAUCAUUAAAGUAGAGUCUUACAGCGGUGACUCUUCCUCCAAACAUCCAUGCUCUGACCAGCCUGAGCCAGAGGAAAGAUCGGUGCACGUUAAGAUCGAGGAUGAUACGGACCAGUCCCUACAGAACAGCAGAGACUCGUCACUCCGUGCCAAAAUAGAGGAGCCUGACCAUGAGGCGAUCGCAGACGUCACUCAUCAUCUGAACACCUCUGAAAGCACGGAUCGCAGUGUUAAGGACACAGACAGAUCAUCCUCCAUUACUGAAGUCCAGCAGCAUCUGAGAGGACGAGAGGAGAUGAAGGACACAACCACUGGGUGCAGGAUUAUUAUUCUCUCUGUUUGAGGGCCGCACCUCAUUGGUCUCACAGAGUUUGACAGCUCCU